AUGAUCAAGAUUGCUCUGAUCCUCUCGCUGGCUGUUGCCGUGUUCGGUUAUGGUCAUGAACAUCACGACUAUCAUUCGCAUCCGAGCUACAAGUUCGAGUAUGGCGUGAAGGAUCCUCACACUGGUGACCACAAAAGCCAGUGGGAACAUCGGGAUGGAGAUGUCGUCAAGGGAGCCUAUACUCUGCAUGAGGCCGAUGGAACUGAGCGAGUGGUCGAGUACUCGUCAGACAAGCACAACGGAUUCCAGGCUCACGUGAAGCGUGUGGGUCAUGCUCACCAUCCGGCCGUGUAUGGACAUCAUGAAGCGGGACACUCGUACGACCAUGGACACGGACACGGACAUGCCAGCAGCUACAGCAAGCUGAACCAGCACCAUUGA